AUGGAGCUGUUUGCCGGGUUUAACGCAGAGGAUCUCGCUAUGAUGCAGGAGCUGUUGCGACUUUUGGUGGAAGACGACGACGUACUGACUCAGCAGCCGACGCCGUGCACGAGUACAUCACAGAAUACUCAGACUCUGGUGUUUGAUGGACUCACCAGAGCAUCUCCCAAGCCAGCAAGUGGAAGGGCCGUGGACGCCUUUGACAACUAUUACUCGGGGGGCAUGAGCGGCCCGAACGGCAUGACGUGGAAUGCGCCGCCUGUCAUGAUAGCCCACACGCCUCAGUUUGCCACGAAGACGUCUGGAACUCGGACUAGAAGCAAUUUUGCCAGCGAAGAUGAGCCAAUGCUCAAACGCGGUCGCGCGGAUGUUGCGUCGACGAUGAGGACGCCCAUGAACUGUAUUCCGGUUCGCGAGGGCGGGUACCUUUACUAUUAG